AAUUAAAUAAUACUUUCACAUGACUUAUUAAUUAUUUUACAAUUAUACCUAAUUAUUGCAUUUGAAAAUGUUACAGAAGUUCAAAUUUCAAAUAUGUGCCUAACAAAUGAACAUAAGUCAUCCGAAAAAGGUGACUAUGGUAAUAUAGACUUGUUCAAACAAUACAAUAUUAGUAAAAUGACGUCAGCCUCUAGCACAAGUGCUAGAUCCCUUUUUGGUGAUUCCAAAAAUUUGUUAAGUGAACGAGUAAAGUUAAACAUUAAUAAUAUGUCAUCAGUUAUUAAGCAAAUCCACAGAAGUUCCAAGAGUCAUGAAAUGUUAAAUCAAACCAUCAAAAGUCUCUCAUUACUAGAAUCUAAUAUUGAUCGUACUGAACAUAAUUUAAAUCAAUUAAGAAAUGUUUCUACCAAUUUCAACCAACAAUAUGGGGAAUUAAAAAGAUCUGUACAACUUAUUGAAGAAGUAAAGGAACAUGUACAAACUAUGCAGAGAUAAAUAUAUAAAUAAAAUUAAUUUUUGAUUGGUAGAUGUUAAUUCAUUUUGUGAAUUAAUUUUAUACAAUGUAAUAACUAAUAAGUAAUAAUAAGACA